UUCUCCCGAUAGAGCAGUGGAGAGACACAAAGAGGCAUCCAGUUCCUCCCGUCCUGUUGGAACGCUCUCAGCGGCUGAAGUGAGAGAUCAAGUAUAUGUAAUGUAGUAGACUUCAAAAUCGAUGCAGUGGGUGCUGACAGAAAUUGACAGUCUCAAAAUCUUGGUGAUAAAACACGAGAGUGAGAUAUCGAGGUGUUAAUCUGAAGUACGAAGACGAGUGACUUCAUCUCCACCAGGCUUAUGAUCCAGAAAUUGACAGUCUCAGAAUCUUGGUGAUAAAACACGAGAGUGAGUUAACGAGGUGUUAAUCUGAACUACGAAGACGAGUAUCUUCAUCUCCACCAGGCUUGUGCAAGUACAACGAGCAGAUUCGAGGCCACUGCGAGUUCUAUAAUUGAUUACAGCCGAGGUGGUAAUCUAGUCCAUGGCUUCCGUUGCAAGCACAACGUUCAGAUGUCUUGGUAACACGCAUGGAACUUCACAAUGUGGGUAUCACCAUGCCGUGAGAUAUGCAGCUGUCGUUCCGCAACCAUCAGAACGUCGUAUAAUCCGUCAGAAAUCGAAAUCAUCCAAGAAGCAAGUUCAGAAGAUACAACCACAGAACAAGAUUCAUCCCUCAGAAACAUCUUUGUUUGACGUAGAACAGUGGGAAAUCAAUGAUGUGGCAACUACCGAUGGGAGACGUAACGUGCCUAGGACCCAUUAUUCGGAAUAUCCCGCUGGACUUGACCGAAAUUCAGUACGCGUCUUAGUGCAGUUGAAGAAGUGGUUCCAAGAACAGAAAGAAACUGUCGAGGUGGCGGGGAAGCAAUUGCUAAGUGCUUAUCAGCUAGCUAUGACUAGUAUUGUGGACCAGCUAUUCGUACCAUCAGACGAGCCAGUCCCUUUCAUAAAGGGAAAUUUUGCACCGGUGGAUGAGAUUGUUGAGAAGGUCAGAUGUCACGUUCUAGAAGGACACAUUCCAGAGGACUUUCCUCCUGGUUGCUUCAUUCGAAAUGGACCCAAUCCAAGAUUUGGAGCUUAUCAGAACUUAGAUUCGCCACUUCUCGGUGGAAAAACAUACUAUAAUUGGUUUGAGGGAGAGGGAAUGCUUCAUGCGACAUACAUCGAGAAAGAUGGAAGCAUAUGGUAUAAAAACAAGUACGUGGAAACAGACAGCUUUAAGAUGGAGAAGGAAUUGGGAAAGAGAGUGUACCUCCCCACAAUGGACGAGAAGUCUACGCCAGGACUACGAUUCAAUCGGAUAAUUAAUUUGAUAAGGUACGGAGCGCCACAAAGAAAUCCCGGAAACACUUCAGUAUUUCAGCAUGCAGGGCAUGUGGUAGCAGCUGCAGAGGGUGCCAAGGCUUAUGAAAUCAAUAUAUCGGACUUGAGUACGAAGGGGGAAUAUAACUGUGAUGGGCAGUGGAAUCGCAGAUUUUUCGGUCCUCAUCCUAAAGUACAUCCCGAUACAGGGGAAUUGGUGGUGUUCGGCUUCGAUAUUAUUCCUCCGUAUUACGUCUUGGGUGUUCUGUCAGGUGAUGGCAAAAAGUUUGCGAAUAAAGUAGAUCUGGGGAUGGACAGGCUUGUUCUCAUGCAUGACAUCGGAAUCACAGAACGGCACGCUAUAUUGUACGAUUUUCCGGUUAUGAUGGAUCUUGCCAACAUGCUUGUGAACGGAGGAUCAAUUGUAUCAUUCGAUCCUACCAAAUACUCGAGAUUAGGAGUGCUGCCUCUUACAGGAAAUUCCAAAUCAAUCAAGUGGUUUGAUGUAGAAACGGCAUGCAUCUCCCAUCACUGUAAUAGUUACCAAGAUGGAGAUGAGAUUGUGGUGCAUGGUUUGUGUACACAACUCAUUCAAUUGGUAGCCGUUCCUGCCAAAUUCGAUAAAGUCGAAUGGUAUUCAAGGGGAAUGACUCUUGACACUGAAAAUUAUUUUGAAACCAAAGAUCCGUCUGUAGAUGGACUGUUGUAUGAGCAUUUGCAUGAGUGGAGGCUUAAUCUCAGAACAGGAGCUGUAGUUGAGAGAAACAUAACUCAAAAUAAAUUUCCAUUAGAGCUUCCAAAAAUCAACGAUCGAUUUAACGGCAAAAAAUAUAAUUACAUUUAUGCUUGCUCUGAAGAUCUUGAGGCCAGCAAGGCUGUAGGCUAUCCUAUGUUUAAAAAAUUGGUCAAAAUUGACGUAUCUCCGGCAGGAAACCAUAUGGCUAUAUUUCAUGAUGUGGGAGAGAACAGUUUUUGUUCAGAACCUGUUUUCGUGGCUAGACCGGGUUCUCUUCAAGAAGAUGACGGUUGGAUCGUGACAUAUGUACAUAAUGAGUCAACUAAUGUUUCUGAUAUGAUUAUAGUAGAUGCGCAACGCUUCGAGGAGAAACCAGUAGCAAGAAUACGAUUGCCACACAGAGUACCCUACGGCUUCCAUGGAGCGUAUAUAUCACAAUGACCGCCAUCAAAUUCUGAAUUUCGAACUGUUUCUGGACGAACUGUGAUCUAAGGUGCUUAUAAGUUUUGAGGUCAAGCAAAAACAAAUUCCAGGCUAGUCUUACCAUAGAAUACAAUCGAUAAACGCAUAGAUGCGUACGAUACAAAAAUUCAUUGUGCAGCUCAUCGUUGCACGCAGGCUUACAUGUAAGAUAUGGAGAGAAAACACGUUUAAUAGAUUCCACACUGAUUGCAGAUGUUAGAGAGGAGAGUAAAACCCCAAACCUAUCAAAGGUAGUACAAGUCUGAGCUGUAAAUAUUUCGAGAUGAUUUCUGUGUGUAGAAAUCAUCUCGAAAUACUCACAAAAAGAUUAUUCAUGAGGGUAAAGAUUUGUUAAGGUAAGAUAUCUGUAAAUGUUAGCUG